CUACACACUAAUAUAAUCCAGUACAUUAUAAGAGCUAUUAUUGCAAUGCGUUGGAUAAUUUGGUUUCUAAUAAAUUUUAUAUUCGUUGUGGUAAUUAAUGGCGACAUAUAUAACGAUCAGGGUUACCACAAAGCUGUUGGGAUAUCCAGGGCUUACAAGCUAAUGAGUGAGGAAGGAUACAUUACAAGAAUUGUAGGGGGCAAAGAAGUAACUUCUACAACUUUGUACCCGUACCAAGCUGGCAUUGUUAUAACCCUCGCUACUGGCCAAACAUCGCUAUGUGGAGGAGCCCUCAUCUCCAACACGAAAGUCGUAACAGCAGCCCAUUGUUGGUGGGAUGGCCAGACCAAGGCUAAGCAGUUCACCAUAGUUCUGGGCUCUGUCAAGAUAUUCACUGGUGGUACCAGGAUCAUCACCAACGAUGUUACCGUCCACCCUAACUGGAACACGAAGGACAUUACCAAUGAUAUUGCUAUGGUUAAGAUAUCCAAAGUCACUUAUAGCAGUAGCAUCCAAGCAGUUUCACUGCCAACAACUGCUGACGCGAAUGAGAAUUUUGCUGGAUUGCAAGCUGUGGCCACAGGGUACGGCAAGACGAGAGAUGCGCAAAACGGUUUUCCGAGCACAACAUCUUUGCAUCACAUAAACCUGAAUAUCAUCUCGAAUACCGCCUGCCAGAAGAGCUUCGAUAUUCCUCUACAUGCGAGCCAUAUGUGCACCAAUGGCGCUGGUAAAGUCGGUACUUGUGAUGGUGACUCCGGAGGCCCACUGACUGUAAUGAGGAAAAAUAAACGAACUUUGGUCGGCAUAGUGUCGUUUGGUUUAGCAGACGCUUGCCAAUCCGGAUACCCGUCGGUGUAUACCCGGGUGACAUCGUUCCUAACCUGGAUACAGUCCAAUCUCUUAACCAAAUAACUACUACUGCAUUUUUAAACAUUAUAUUCUGUUUUACUCUACACAGUUCUACAUCAUUUCAGGAAUUGUUUUUGCGUGCGAGAAAGAAACUAAAUCUAUGCCCUUUUAAAGUAACAAAUUUCCGUACUAAAAAAUGAUUUCUCGAUUGCGAGCGAAUGAAUCUUGUUCUAAGGCUAGGGAGAAGAGCGGGAAUAUUUGGUUGUUGAUAACGAUUUGUUAAAUUAAAUGCACUUUAUCCAUGUCGAA